AUGGCGAGUCUGUUAGCCGGUACUUACACGCGAACAGAUGUCGUGCGCGAGAUGGGAACGGGACGUCGCUGGCUUGCGAGGCUUUGCCGGGUGAACGUGCGCGUGAUCCACGGUAAGGGACGACGCGCAGUGGAAGGUGGGGCCGCCGGCGGCUUGCGAUCGACCGAGAGAAUACGACGGGGUGUGGCGACCAGAUAUAGAGUGGAAAAGAAGACAGAGCGGCUGAGGGGAAUUCCCGUCAUAGAGGCCGGCACCGACAUCCGCAACCAAUGUCCGCCACUCCAGGCCCGCCGUAGCCACCGCCGCGUCUUCUUUCAUCUCCCGACAUCCGCCGUGCUCCACCACGUCCCGCCAAUGAUCAACCCUCUUUGCCGACGAGAGGACAAAAGCUUUGAAUGUGUGACAGAUCUGGCGGAGGCGGUGAAGAAGCCGAGCCGCGGCCGGGCACUCAGCGAGUCCUCCAAUUCCCGCCCAUUCUUCAUAAAAUCCGGCGACUAUGGAAUCCUUGACGGCCAAACGCAACGUAGCUCCGAAAAAUCCCCGCCUACCCUGCGGCGCCGCUCACACGCCGGAAAAAGAGCCUGUGUUCACAAAAUCGACGAGCUCUAUCCAAAGCCCAAGAGUAAAUCCACUAGCCUCUCUUUCAUGGAUUCUGCAGAAGGGGCGGGAUUGGUGGCGGUGGCUGUGGCGGGGGCUGGUGGCGGCAGUGGCGGGUUUUUUGGGUGCUUGUGGUGGCAGCGGGCUUUUGUGACGGCCCUUCGAUCGUCGCCGCCGGCGGCCAGCCGCUGGCUGCCGGGCCUUCGUAUUCCUCGCAGCAAUGGCUCCACCAUCAACCUCCCCGUCACCCAACCUAACACCAGCUAA